AUGGGGUGCACGGUAAUCAAUGCAAAAUGGGUAAAACUUGUUCGACAAAAAGGCUCAUAUGGAAGGUUGGUAUUUCUUAGAGAAUAUUUCAUGGCAGUCCCAGUAAAGGAAGCGAUAAUUAUCCUUAUUGAGAGGUUGAAAAAUGAUCCUAGCUUUACAUCAAAAUUUACCUUUGAAGAAAUAAAAACACUUUUAGAUAUAUGCCUUUUGCAUUGUUAUUUUUUAUUUGAACAUGACAUUUAUGAACUUGAAGUUUCUGGACCUUUUGGUUUAGGACUUAUGGUAGUAGUUGCGGAGUGUUUUCUGCAGUUUCACGAAAGUAAUGCUAUUGCACAAGCAAUUUCCAAUAAUAUUCAAUUAAAGUCAUUUAAAAGAUAUGUCGAUGACACCCAUUCUCGUUUUAACUCUACUGAAGAUGCGAAAAAAAUUUUAAUACUACUUAAUAACCAACAUAAAAAUAUUCAGUACACCAUGGAAAUCGAAAAUGAAAAUAACACGCCGAACUUUCUUGAUGUUACUAUUAUUAACAAUAAAACUGGUACGUACGAUUUUAAAGUUUACCGUAAAAAUGCCUUAACUAAUGUCCAAAUCAAACCUAACUCAUGCCAUGAUCCAAAAAUUGUAAACGGAAUUUUCAAAGGUUUUGUUCAUAGGGCAUUAUAUUUAUGCUCUAAUAAUAAUAUUGAACAAGAGUUAUUAUUUCUAGUUGAUGUUUUUGUAGAAAAUGGUUAUAAAAAAACGAUCCUGGAACAUAUUAUAAAAACCACUAAAGAAAUUUUACAUAUUAAAACUACUUAA